AUGCGCACCGCACUCCUCGCCUCCCUCCUCCUUACCCUCCUCGCACCGCUCCUCAUCCUCGCCGCCCCCACUCCCAUCGCCAUCCCCGAACCCAACGACGUCCUCGUCCCCAAAGGCGCCACGCUCAACGCAAGGAGCAUCCCCGAACUGCUGGCGCUCAAACGGGCGAAUGAGAGGAGGCGGCUGAGUAGUAAGGAGAUGGCAGGGGAGUUUCGGAGAGCGGAGACGUAA